CAACGAUUCAACAUAAUUUCGUAUUUAUGAAGUACUGAAAUUGAAAAGAUGCGAAGACGAAAAAUGAACGUACUCAGAAAUCUUCAAUCAUUUUCGCAAGGUUUCCUAGCCGUCUUUCUGCUAAUGAAAUUAUGCUCCUUCAUACUAGCUGCUGAACCCGGGUACUUGGAUUUUGACAAUUUACCAGAUACGAACUUUACCUGCGCCGGCAAAGUAAUUGGUGGCUAUUAUGCAGAUCUGGAGACAUCAUGUCAAAUGUUUCAUGUUUGCGUUAUCGGUCAAGGUGAGGAGCCAAUGGAUAUUAAAUUUUUGUGUUUGAACGGGACGGUUUUCGAUCAGGAAACGCGCGUGUGUGAGCGCGUCGAUGAAGUUGACUGUUCCAAAUCCGAGCGUUUCUAUUAUUUGAAUCUCGAGCUUUAUGGAAACACGAUGAUUCCGUCGCCGGAUGACGAAACAACGCCAAUGCAAUCUUCGACCACACAAACAACAACGACUGAACGUAUCACAAGUACACCUGCCUCAACUAGUGCCGUAAAAUACAACUCUCCAUCGUCGACUAAAACGCCCGUAGUGACCACUCGGAAGAGCAUUCCUCCCACGACGCAGCCAUCCGUGCAAAAACAACAACAACAACAACCGGAGCCCGAAUACAUCGAAGAAUACUAUGACUACGAAGAGGAAUUGUUGCCAAGCAGCAAACCGAUAACGUCAAGUACGAGACCUCCAGCGAACAAUUAUCAGUACAACACGAGGGGGAACGAGCAUCCGGGAAAUGUCCAUAAAGAAAAACCACAAAAUCUGUAUCAUCAUCACCAGCAACAGCAGCAGCAGCAACAGCAAAAUUAUCAACCAAUGUCAAACUUUAAGCCUUCGAUUCAAGUGCAACAGCAACAAAAUCAGCCAAAACAUCAGCACAUAACGAUACCAAAAGGACAGCAAUAUAUCAACAGCAAUCCUUAUAGUCAGCAGCAAAAGCAACAACAACAAUCAUUCCGACCAUCGCUGUACAGCAGUAGCCAGCAGCAACAGAACUACGGUUACGGGCGACCAAGUGUUACCCAGCCAAUGUUAGCUGAAGUGUCUCAACCAAAGCCAUUUGAAGGAUAUCGUCGACAGCCUCAACCUCAUGUUCCCCUAACGUUUCCUCAAUACGGUGACGUAACGCCGCGCCAGCAGAAAAGCGUGACACUUGCCGCCUAUGCCGCCGACACGGAAGUCGUUGGCGAGUUGCAGGAGCACAAAACGGAGACAAAACGCUCGGAUCCGCAAUAUUACACGCAUAUCGAGCCGGAUGCCAGCGCCUCAGAUCCGAAUCAUCAGCAACUGGAUUCGGAAGAGAUUCCACGUGCGGCGACAAUUUCCGCGAAAAUCAACGAGCGACGUGACGUCAGCAGCAAUAAUAACAACCGCAACAGCACACAAGGAAGUAGUAGCUUUAAAGUAGUAGCAAAUAGUGAUAAUAAUAGUAACGAAAAGCACAUCAACGAAUACAACAAUAAAAAUAGUCAACAUGUAAAUGUAAGCCAUACUAGCUAUGAGAACAAAUUAAAACAACAAAAAAAUGUGUAUAUACCGAAUUUACCAAAAGUGAUAAAUACUGUAUCAGUGUCUGUCAGUGAUCAGAAUGGGAAAAAAUUGAAUCUCUCUCUCGAGAACAUUCUGGCGGAGCAGCAGAAAAAUAGUGCGAAUCAACGGUCGUACGACGACUACAAAGAGGACGAAAUUUCGGCGGUUCUUCUCGAACCCUUCUUCCUCGAUGUACAAAAAUUGACUAGUAAUAGUAAUAAAAAUAGCAAUAAUCAUAGUAGAAACAAACAAAAUAUCAUCCAAAAGAGCAGCAAUUCGACACGAUGA